AUGCCAGUUUCUUCUCUUCGAGCCGGCCUGAAGCGUCCACGCCCGCUUAGUCACCACCACGGUUCUGCGGCAUCAUUCACCAACAGCAAUUCUAGGCAGCAGGGGCAGGAGGAAGGCCUUGACGCUUCUACUCCAGUGGCUAUCGUCGGCGCUGGGCCGGCGGGCCUCACGCUCUCUACUCUGCUCUCGAAGUUCGGGGUCCCUUCCAUCCUGCUGGAGAGAGCCCCGGAGCUGCCCACCCACCCCCAGGCGCACUUCAUCAAUUUGCGCAGCAUGGAAAUCAUGCGGCAUGCCUUUGGAGGACUGGAUAGGAAGGUGCUAGAGAUGUGUCCACCGCAAGAGGAGUGGAGGGAUUUUGUGGUAUGCUCGACCGUCCUGGGGCGCCAGCUGGCGCGCGUCGACAAUUUCUACGGAGGAGAGGCGGAGAGGCGAGCGCUGUCCCCAACAGGCGUUGCCCAUCUGUCGCAAAACGUUCUGCUGCCCUUGCUUCUGCAAGAAGCCCAGCGCGUCGCCGUCGAGUCGUGCCCAUCAACUAAGAUCCUUUUCAACGCGGAGAUGACUGGGCUCCGGAGGCUAGAAGGCGUCGGCAGUAACAACAGCACCGGCAAUACCUCUCCACACUCACAACUUGAACUAUCAGUGCGACAUCACUUGAGUCCUAGCGGCGGUCCGGCAGCAGCAACAGCAGCAGCUUCUACUCCCAACAGCACCAGGGCCUCCAGCGUUUCGUGCAAGUAUAUCAUUGCAGCUGACGGUGCUGGUAGCUCGGUGCGCGCGGCGGCCGGUCUCCGCCUGUCAGGGCGGAGAGAUCUGGGACACGUUGUCAACAUUCACUUUCGGUGCGAGGGGCUUGGAGAACUACUGCUAGGGGAGGGCGGGGGAGGGAAGAGGCAACGGCCGGGAAUGCUGUAUUUCGUGUACAACGAGGAGACGAUCUGCGUGCUUGUGGCGCAUAACGUGCGAAAGGGGGAGUGGGCCUGCCAGGUGCCUUUCUUCCCGCCGCACCAGACUGCUGAGUUCUUCACUCGCGAGCGAUCACUCUCCAUCAUCCGGGAGGCCCUAGGGCCCGGAGGCGGUGUCUUGGACAUUGAAAUCUGCUCCGUACGUCCCUGGACGAUGAACGCUCUCGUUGCGGACCGCUAUUUUACGGGGGGGUUUUCGUCGGAAGGGACAGGCGUCGCCGCAGAACAGGGCACGGGGGUUGAAUCCGGGGGCGUGUUUCUUGCGGGGGAUGCGGCGCACCAGUUCCCUCCCGCUGGUGGAUUCGGCCUCAACACCGGUGUUCAGGAUGCGCAUAACCUGGCCUGGAAGCUGGCUGCGGUACAUCAUGGCCUAGCCUCUCCUGACCUUUUGCUGACCUAUGAACAAGAACGGCGGCCAGUGGCAAUGCGCAACGCGACAUUGAGCGUGCGGAACCUGAAGAGAAGCUUGAGGGUGUUGGAAACUCUGGGCGUAGAUCCUAGCCUUGGAGCCUCGCCCAACCUCAUGGAUCAGCUCGUGCGCUCGCCUUUGACCCUGAACUGGGGCGGUGGCAUCAGGGACAUGGCGGCUUCCCUUCUGGGGAAGACCAGUGCCGCGGAGAGUGCCGAGGAACGGUCCGAGAGGAUCCUCCGCCUCGGCCGCCGUCAGCUGGAGAGCCUGCGGGAAGAGGGCCACCCGUACGGCGAAUCGCGCGUCCGAGACUUGCGCCGACUGCUGGCUGAGGGCGGGGGGCUGCCCCUCCUCUUCCCCGAACACGACGUGGGUUUUACGUACGGUGGCCACGGCGCGGCGCUGCUCGCGGCUAGUGGUGGCAGGGCGGCAGGGGUAGGACCCCCGCCAACGUCACGGUCGUCGAGGCCGUUGCCAGCGGCGGGAUUUUCAUCGCGACCACCAGCAGUCCGGCGCAACGGUCAAGGACACGGUGACAACACCGGUGCGUUUCGUGCUGCACCGUGCAGCAUACGGCUCGGAGGACGAAUGCCCCACUUUUUCUUGAGGCCACCUUCCUCUUCUUCUUCUUCCUUGCUCUCCACCGUGGACCUUCCGGACCAGAUUCGAGGACUGCUGCUCGAUUGUUUCGGUUCAGAACUCUCGUCCGCGACGCCCGAGCUAGCAUCCCUAGCCUCCGUGCUGAUCGUGUAUUCGUCAGAGCGCGACGGAAUGGCGAUGGUAGGGACCGAUACAUCGUGGCACAGCCGCACUUCCCGUUCGAGCCCUCUCGUCGUCUUGACGGUUUCACCACCUUCUCCUGGAUCGACCGUCAGUAGCAGCAUCAGCAACGACCAACACAACACCGCCAUUACCUCGCCAGCCCCAUCCAUCGAGAAUCUGAGAGAGUACUUGGACUACCGCGAAGAAAUCGUCCCGACGCAACCGGGGUGGGUGCUACCCAUGCGCGCGGUCGACGGAAGCGGUGGAAAACUCGGAGAGGCAUUGGCUGCCGCGAGGACCGAAGCGGUUUUACUCCGUCCAGACGGCCACAUUGCUUGGCUGGCUCCUAGACGGACAGGGGGGACAGGGAAAGGAGAAGGGGACCCCGCACUCGUCGGAGACUUGGAACGCGCGUUGGGUGCAGUGUAUAUGCUCUAG